AUGAUUCGAAGUCUUCCUCGUGGUGGCCUUAUCUCCGGUCUUCGAUUUCAGCGGUCCAGUCAUUCUCUCUCUUUCACUCCCACUGGAAGUCUCGGCCACUUUGACCUUGAACGUUCACCGGAGGAAAUCAAUGAUGCCAUCCCAAACCCUCCCGAUUUGUCCCUGACUAAAAGAUUAUACGAAGACAUUGUUAGACCAUCCGAUGUAUGUGACUUGCUCAUUCGCCCGGCGUUCGAAGACGUGGCUGUGACCUCUUUGGCUUUGGGAUGUCCAUUGUCAGGAAAAGAUGGAUAUCAGGUGGUGUCCAAAUCAUCUGUGAGCGGCAGCAAGCUUCUUUUCGCCAACUUGGCCUCCUCGUGGCUAAACAAGUUGAAUCUGGACAUUUUUGAGCUUUCUGAGCUUCCACAAUCGGAUAGUACCUUGACCUAUACCCAUAGCUCCAAAAACAAACUUAUAGCUAACCAGUUCUCCGAUGACGUGUUGCAGCAGUACGAUAGCCUCGAGAACUUUUACACUUUCUUCAUUGAUACCCCAAACAGCAAUAUCACCAUCGAAACUAUCACGCAGUUCCUUCUUACAAAGGCAAGUGUCGAUGGCUACACGAUGAUCAUACAAUAUCUCACGAAAAACGCCCACCUUCUCAAUCCGUUCGUCAUGAACGACUUCGUGGCUAUACUUCUUGACGACUUGUUUGCUUCGGCAUCUGUUGAAAAGGUUGAAAUCUUUGACACGUUUCUUAACACUACGUUGGUGGUGUCUGUGCCGCAAUUGUUGGAAGACUUGCCUCCAGUGACACUUGACCGUCUUGCCUACAUUACAGCAGCAUCUUCAGACCUUUCGACGUCCAACAAAGCCUUGACUUUGUUGUGCAGAAACUACCGAGUGGCUCCAGCCCAAAAGACCUUUGAACUCUACAUGGCUAGAUACACCAAACUUGCUACACAGCAGCAAUUUACCAAGAAGCAGAUUCUUCGGGACAUUUCCUCCUUGAAGCCAAUUGUAUUUCAUUACGGUAUGACCACGAGCUUGCUCAAACUUGUGCUUUCCAACGUUGUAGAUAACACCUAUGAUUUGUCACACUUGGUUAAACUUGUGAAAGAUACUACUCCGCAAUUAUUGGGCGAACAUGGAGUGGAGAUUAUGCACAAGCUUCGAGAGAUCCAGACAGCCACUGAGAUUUCUGAACUAGUUGCUUCUGUUCAGGCUACGAACUUGGGCCACCAAAUUGUUGAAUAUGGUGGGGCAUCUCCCAAGGUGAAGCUUGACGUGAUGGAGAUGCUUACUGGCAAGAAUGGAGCUGGGAAUUGA